AUGCCCGAAGCGACAGACGUUGCCUCUACAAGCCUCAUUGAGGACACGAGAAAGAUGGUGGCCAAAAAAUUGCCCAUGGAAUGCGCGGUUUGCUCGAAGGAGACGGGAAAUUUCAACUUUGGAGCGCAGGUGUGCCGCGCUUGCGCCUUGUUUUAUAAGCGCUGCAUUUUGGAGAAGAAAAAGUAUUCGUGCACGAACGGACAGUAUGACUGCGAUGUUAAGUUUGGUAAGAGAGCUGAAUUGCAUUAAUUUUCAAUUACAGAUCGCUCGGAACGCAGCAAGUGCCGAGCCUGCCGAUUUCUCAAGUGCAAGCAAGCCGGAGUCAACUAUAGAUGUGAGUGAAUCUCCUUAGGAACCAUGGUCAUUUUUUCAAGCUUUUUAUAUCACAAAUCAGUCUGUCGGGAAAAUAAUGUGGAUUUUCGCAGCAAAGUCGUUCACCUCGCACAUUAAAUCUCCAGCCUUGGCUAGCCGUCGCAAAGCGAUGACGAUCGGUUCCAAACCGCGACAGAUCCACAUUAUUUUCCCGACAGACUGAUAGCUCGUUUUUUGACGCCAAUUUUUUCAGUGGACGAUGCAGCAUCGUCCCCGUCAAGCGACGGAGACGCCGACUCGAACUGGAUCAACUUCCCAACAAUUGUCCGGCUGAUGGAUGGCCUCAAAAAGUAUCACGCUGUCUUGCUGGAGGUUGUCAAACGUCAACAUCCGGAUGCUGAUUUCUCCAACGGUUUGGUAUGUAUUGUUUUUUCUUUAGCAUAGCCAAAAUAUUUAAUGAUCUUUGCGGCCAAAAUAUGAGCGAAUUCAUAUGCCAAAAUACGUUGAAAUACCAGAACGUUUGAUUUUAGUUCAUUAUCCCGAAGAAGCACGAGAAGAUCACUUUGAAAUGUGUGACAAUUCCCGAUCUCAUCGAUAUCCUGACCAAAUAUUUUGGGCCUUUUGCGGAGCUCUCAAGGAAUGAUCAGGUAUGUCCUAUCUCCCUAAAUUCGUUGUAAUCCGGAUAUUGUCGAACAUUUUUCUGACCAUAUUUCAGCUGAAAGUUGUUGGAGAUGCCUUUGGCGAAUUCCGUGUUCUGAAUGAGGCUUAUUUGUCGGCUUAUUAUUGCCCUCAAUUGGAUGAUAAUCGAGUUGUGUUCGCGCCCGGCUAUUGGGCUGAUUUUUGUCGACUUGACAAACAAUGGUAUCUUGAGGGAUUCCUGGACCCGGACGAGAUUCCCACGUUCAGAAGGUGGGCAAAGUUCCGGAAAAAUUGAGCUAAAAAUCCUGUUUUUUACCAAGCAUGGCUCCGGGCUGACCCAUUUUGCGGCUUUGAUUUUCAGGCCGAAAAACUCCCGGUUAAAAUUUUCAAACUCGAUAAAUUUGCACAAGAAAUUUCAGCAGUAAAUUUUUCUUUUUUCACAGUGUAUGUCGCGAGAAUAGUUUCAGCGACGUCGCGAACGGACGAUAGUCAGCAAUCUCAUCAUUUUUUAGACUAAUUGCGCCAUUUGGAAAACGGAACCGCGGGCUGAUCAAGAAGUACAAACAAAUUGGGAUCAGCCUUAUGGACACGGUUGUUUUAAUGGUGAUUUCUAUUUGGAAACAUGGUAAGCUGUUUCAUAGCCACAAUCAAUUUCCCCGAUUUUUAGCCGAAUACAACGGAAAAUUAACCAAAAAUAUGGAGGACUACAAGGAACGGGUGAUGAAAGAGUGGAUGGAAAGUCUUGGCCAGAGAUUCAACGGAAAGCACACGGAGAAGCUGUCAGAAUUGAUGUUGUGGUAUCAAGAAGUUGAUGUGAGUUUUGGAAACGGGAUUUUGGCCGGCCUUUUAUUGAAUCUCACUAUGGUGCGAAUAGUUGUAAUGAAAGGGGAAAAUUUUUAUUUUUUAUGGCAUACAAAGCUUCCUGCGCAUUUCUACUGUAGAGGCUAAUGUUUACACAAAAAAAAAAGAAAUGAAUUUUCUAGACUGCAAUAUCAACGGCAUAGCCAAAAACAGUUUUUUGUGACUACUCUCCGCCUUUUGCGUGCUCUUUCGGCCGCGAAAUGAUUGUUCAAUAUCUCGGGUGCCUCUGAAAAGCGCGAGCGAAAACGUUCUGGAAUUGAUAUGUGGCAUAUGCCCGAAGUGUGUGCAAAAUUUAACGAAAAUCCGAGCGUUACGCCUUGGCCGCAAAAUGUCAUCUACCAGCCUGUCGGGAAAGUUAUGAGCACUCUGUCGCAUCGAAAAUCGCAUUACCGUCAAGAAAAUGAAUUGUGCCGCAGCAAAAUCAAGUUGCUUUUCACUUCACGGACACAAUCGGCGCAGUGGCACUGUGCUCAUUACUUUCCCGACAGACAAAAUCACGUUUCAGAUCUUUACUGAUCCCACAAUUUUUCAGCGCUUUGCCAUCGAAUUCUCAAGUGUUAUAAUGCAAGUCAAGAUCCUGCGCGCCCAGCGUCCGCACGAGUUCCAAUACAGCGUGGAGGACGCGUUGAGCCAGCUUCGUAUCGAGGAAUAG